UUCCCUGCCGCUGGCUGCGAGCCUUCCAAGCGAUGGGACUAACGCUGUUCUCCGGGCAAUGAGGAGUGCUGGGCAGGGGCAGAAACCGCUUUCCUUUCCUCUGGAAGAAAGCAAGCCGUGAGAGCACCUAAGGAUGUGCUGCCCAGAUGUGUUUCCCACCUCCACCUUCCUCCUAGGACUCAUGUGCUUGACAGCUUUCAGCAACUUUGCCAAGACUUCUGCGGACUUCUCAGGUUACUUAUCACAGGUACUAAAGAAUUACACUGACCAUGCAUGUGAUGGAGAAUAUGUGUCCCUGAGAUGUCCUCACAGAACCACCAUCAGCAUCCAGUCUUCUUUUUAUGGACGAAUUGUACCAAGUCAUCAGCUGUGUCCUUCUCGCUAUCCCCACUCCUAUGCAACUUUAAUUAAAGAAGAUGUUGCCUGUUCAGUUGGCACUUCUCUUCAGAAGAUGCUGGAUGAGUGCCAGGACAGGCGGAGCUGCCAGUUCCUCGUCAACAGCCGGCUGUUUGGGAUGGAUCCGUGUCCUGGGACCGGCAAGUACCUCCUCGUGUGGUACAAGUGCAGGCCAAAUGAAUACAAGAGUAAAGUAGCCUGUGAAGAUGACAAGCUGAGGCUGAGCUGUAAGAAGAGCAUGGUGAUAGCCAUUUACUCUGCUAUCUUUGGGAGGACACAAGGAGGCAGCCUGGAGUGCCCAUACCAAAACCUAGGGAUGCCCAUGAUUGAAUGUCAGUCAGCUACUGCUCUCCAGCUCAUGAUCAAGCGCUGUCAUGGGAAAAGAAGCUGCAGCAUAUAUGCCAGCACCUAUGAGUUUGGAGAUCCUUGUUACCCAGGCAUCCAAAAGCAUCUUAAUGUCAUCUACACCUGUGUUCCCAAGAAACUUCUGCAUGAAACUCAGUCAAGACCAACCAAUCAACAAGGGUACCAGAAGCCACAUUUUCCACUGCAGCCAAGAGUGUUUGACCCCAAUGUUAUAGGGGACGGCGUGUUCUUUUCGGAUGUCUCUCCUUCCAACAUAGAGCGAGCUCUCCCAGCAGAGAAGAAGAAAGGGAGGUCAGCCACCUUCUACCCUGUAGACAACACCCCCCUCCUGCUCCCUGUGGAUGAGACACAACCGCCGGCGCUCAGCAGCAGCAUGGAGCCCGUGGGCGUCGGCACGGAGAUGGCCCUGCUCAGCAACAUCCUGGCAGCCUAUGCCUUCAUCACAGAAAACCCCGAGCGGGCUGCCCUGUAUUUCGUGUCUGGAGUGUGCAUUGGACUGGUGCUGACCCUGCUGGCCCUGGUGCUCAGGGUGUCCUGCCGGACGGACUGCAAGCGCUCCUCCUCCAAAAAACCUCCUCGGGAGCGGGAGAGCGACAGCGACAGCAGCGACAGCGACGACGACUCGGACACCACGUCGGACCUGUCUGCCCGCAGGCACCGCAGGUUCGAGAGGACUUUGAACAUGAACGUGUUCACCUCUGCGGAGGAGCUGGAGCGGGCGCAGCGGCUGGAGGAGCGGGAGCGCAUCAUCCGCGAGAUCUGGAUGAAUGGGCAGCCCGACAUCCCGGGCACCAGGAGCCUCAAUCGCUACUACUGAGCCCUGGGGACCCCGCACCCUGCCCUGCUCCCCGGGGCUGAGGAGAGGGAGGGAACGAUACGACGAGGGUGUCUCCCCUUUUCCUCCCAGGCGUGCCGCCUGGAGCCGUGAGGAUGGACAGCGAUGAUGUUUUCCCCAUCUCUCGUUCCCUGACAUUGAUAUCACCCCUCUUCCCGGACACUUUCUGGUUUCAAAGAAGGGAUUGCCGAGUUCAUUUCUGAGGAGCAGGCAGGGAGGAGACAAUGGCAGUUCCCAUGUGGGGUUUGGCACUGGGCACACCGUGCUCCUUUCUUGGCUGGAGAGGGACGCUGCCCAGGAUCUGGUCUCCAUUUAGGAUUUUUGGUUUCCCUUUCCUGAGGACUGUGGGAGAAUUGUGAACAAAAUGACGACUCUGGAAAGAUGAUUUGGUGGAGGGAGGGGGAGGUGCAUCCUGACCAAUUGUCUUGUGACUUCAGAAGCCAUGAGAUUAACCUAAUUAAAACCCAACAGCAAAUAGGACUUGUUAAGAACUGGGGGACGGGAGGGUGGGGGAUUCUUCCAUCGUGAAAUCAUCUCGGUGCUUGGAUGUUUGCCAUAGUGUAUUCAGUUAUUUAUGGCUGUCUUUUCAUCUUCCUUUUCAAUGGGAACAUUUAGUUUUUUUACUGACACCUCAGGGAUAAAAUCCUAUUUUUUUUUUUUUGAGUCUGCUCUCCCUGCUGGCCCCUAUCAAACACAACCCAACCCAUCUCCAACAGUGAAAUUUUGGUAAUGUAAGAGAUGUGUCAGUGACUAGUGAGAAGUUAACAACCUCAAAGAGGUUGAAAAAGGUUUUCUUUUUGUUUUAAAUAUAUAUAUAUAUAUAUAUAUAUUUGAAGAUGCUGCACAGGAAUGUGCCUUAUUCUUUUUUUUUUGUUGUUGUUGUUGUUGUUAAACUACAGUUUCCUAUGGAUAGCAAUGCACAAUGUUUUAUAUAUUUUAUUAAAAAAAUAAAAUUAUAAAAAAGUCUGUGUUUACCAGAGGAAAACCAACACCGAAGAAGCCAUGUCUGACAACAAAAUGGGUACUAAAUGCUAAAUAAACUCUGGUUUGCUUCAAUAUGA